AUGUCUGAUACAUUCACGCCAUCAAAGCUCGAUCGUGCCAGUUUGGCCCCAGGAGAAUUUAUUGCAACUGUAACGACUGUAACUUCCCUGUGGGCAUUUUUUAUCGGUUCAAUUGACGGAGCCAAACGUGCGAGCCUUCAAUACCUUGCUGAACAUGCGCAUGUGCUCCCAAAAACAAAGCAAGGAUGGUAUCUGUAUCAUAGACGAAAAAACUACGCUGUAAUACUCAAUUCAGGAAAGAUCGGCUUGCAAUACGUGAAACGGUUUGGGGGAUUAACUCUGGUAUUUACGGGAACGCAAGCAGCACUAGAUAAAGCGCGUGGUGAAGCAGACAUGAUUGAUUCUGUCGUGGCUGGGGCUGGAACAGGGCUGGCUAAUUCAUUUUUGUAUCGUCUAUCUCGACGAAGUACUUUGCAUGCAUGUAUGAUAGGUGGUGCAGUUGGACUUUUCGCUGGCGGAAUGCAAGACAUGAUAAAUAUUUACCAAGGAAAACCAGUUUGGUAUUGGAAACAAAAGUCAAAUGUAAAUGGAAACAGUGUGGUGAAAGAUUAA